AUGCUGAGUGCUAGAGAGCUCUCGGCGAAUUCUUCUACGCCUACUGCGUCCAAUCCGGAGGCAUUAUCUUGCUACAAUGCAUACUCGAGUUGGCGACAAGGUUCUAUAACCUGGGCUGAAAGUGCCUUGAACGGGACAACAUGGCAAACGACGACCACCACUAGUACCAUCAUACAGACGAUACAGACAGUGGCCACCGUGUAUCCUACUGGCAGCCUCUCAACAUACAAGCUUUGUGAUGGUUCUCCACGCGUAGACUUUGAGCCUUUGACCCUCACGUCCAGCUAUACUUCGACCUCGGAGUACGAGGCUUAUGUCCCCGUAGGCCAGCCCACAUAUUCUGUUACACAGCCAUGCAAGGCGUCCUCGGACGAGUGCGAGUAUCUUUACUACAGUAGCGGCCUGUCAUGGAACGACAUAACGCUCAUGGCGCUCUGUGGCAGCCCGGCCCAUCUUGGACAGCCGUGUCUGAUUAUGGGAGGUCCUGUCGAGCUGGGCUAUUUCCCAGUCACUACUGCUGGUAACAACAAAUGUGCUGCAAACGGAUCUACUAUUACCAAUACAGCGGGUCCUACCGCUGUUGAAGCAUUUGGAACCACACUUAGUUCGGGUUCCGUUUACUUGUCUUUCAAGACUCUCUAUGCCUUUCAAGAAGGAUUUGGUAGAAGGAUUGGGCCGGCCUUCACUGAUUUUAUCUUACCUCUUCCAUCGAGUGCUGUCUCGACGCAAUGCGGAGGGUGGUUUUCCGCCGCUGGACCAGGCACGCCUCUCAAUUAUGCCGAUCUGAACUUCCCUUGGCCCGCCAGCGCGUAUAACUGUAUAAAUCGCUGCAGUACAGAUUUGACCUGGACUCAGAGCAACGGAACAGCCAUAUCAUGGACACCACCACCUCAAUGCUCUACAAUCUGGUCAGACCUGAAUCCGGUGCUUGCUAUGCCCACCGAGGUUCGCGAUCUGGUGCCUGCUUGGUCAACAUGCAGUCUUUGGGAUGCCGCUCUCCCCAACUUUGUCUUUGACCCGCCUCGUGCCUUGCGCGCUGCUACGACGAUCGUCUCGCCAACACUGGCAUGGCAAACCUCGCAUUCCACUACCCCUGCAUCUCCAGCUGCAACAUCAUAUACCGCUUUGCCGGAAACUAUAUCGUCCAAGCCUCCACCAACCACGUCGACCUAUUCUGCAGCUUCACCUAAAUCGUCUGGAUCUUUGUCAGACUCGUCCGCAUCAUCGAGCGAACCAGCCAGCUCAAUACCUUCUGCCAUAGUGCAAACAACAAGAGGCAUUGGUUACACAGCCAUAAACAUUGAAUUCAAUGUCGACGGCCGCACCUUCACAGCCUCAGCAGGCAACAAUGCCUUUUCCAUUGCAGGCCAAACCAUCUCGGUCGGCGGACCUGCUCAAACAAUCACCGAGUACGACGAGUGCGGCGGAGGUGUCGAUGCAGCAAUCGCAUACUGCUGGGAAGGCAUCUUCUAG